AUGUGGCGCGCGCAGCGGCCGGCCGGGAUUGCCUCCGCGUCGACGGCGACGGAGAAAGUGUUGCAAGCCGAAGGAGCUACAGUCAGUGGCCACGCGCAUCUUCCUGGGCCGUGCCAGCUACCUAUCUCUCUACCGACCAGCCGGCGAGAGUUCUCCCGAAGAGCGAUAUCUCGGCCGAGGGCGAACGACUUUCACACCAACUCGGGGCUUGUGCUGCCCGUCGAACUCAUCAAGACACUGUGGCCGACCGACUGAUACAGCUUGAUUCGGCACGUCAUCGCCAUGGCCUCAACCUGCGUAAGCCUCGGACCAUCACAUCAACCCAGUCUCAGGAUGGAAGUGUUGUCGUCUCGGUGUGCUAAGCAUCCAGUCUACGUUCUAUUCUCCGUCCAGCAGGUGAACUCGGUUGCGAAUAGCGCGCUGCUUCAUCCCCUGUCGACAAGAGGUGAGUCGUUCUCAUAUUUCAAUUCACCUGUCUUCCAUAACCUGAGCUCAUGAAAGCCAUGUACAAUAGUUCACUACAUCCUCUCUGGGACUUUCAACACCGUCUUCCUCGUCAGUGCCCCGAGACUCCGUCGGAACCCGUCUCCAGCUUCCCGAUAGCUCACACAUAGCCCAUUGCUCAUCUUACUACAGUAUCUCCUAGCAUUCAGCCCUCUCACCCCAUCACUCUCCAUCUCCCAAGUGAUCCGAGCCGAGGGAGCGCACCAAUUUCUCGCUCUGAACCAGGAUCGUAGCCGAGCCUACGCAACGACAUGGGCCAUGCCACCGACGCUGUCGAGUUGGGAGGUGCUACAAGGUGGGCUUGAGGGAAUCAAGCACAUCAAUACUGUUCCGAUUCGUACGUUCAUGACAUCUUUCUCAGCGGUCUCACAGCUCGCGUGCGAUAGACUGAGGAUUGUCUUCCGCCGGGAAAACCUUGACGUUUCGACUUCGCUGCAGGUGCUACUUCGUCCUAUAUCCAGGUCUCACCGAUACAACCUCGCAUCUACUCCGCGGGCGGACCGACAGGGGAAGUUCAUGAUAUCGAUGCCAAAACAGGAGGGUUCGGCAAGAAGUUGCAGGAGUUGUUGUAUGUGCCCGAGGAGGGACUCGAGACGACGGACAAGACCAGGGUGGCGUUGGUGAGUGGUGGACCACCCCGUUAAGACAGGACAAUGUCUGCAUAAAGGGAACUGAUUCUGGCUCUCUCGGAACAUUCAGCGAUACGGAUCGCAUUCAAUCGACCUCGACCUUCCCAAGAAGCAAGCUUUCGUGCCCCACCUGUUCGUCACAGCCCCUUCCCACUUUUGCCAGUCGUUUCGAAAGCUUAGAGUCUGUGGUGGUCCGAAUUACAGUGGACACAACUCGAUCUACAUGUACUCCGUUCUCGAGGAUGGAACUUUUUCCCUGAUCGCAGAGGUGCCUUCGUUUGGUGAUGGUCAUGACGGGCCGCGGCAUGUCAUCCCGUCUCCCGACGGGAAUAAACUUUAUGCGGUCACGGAACAUAGUAAGCUCGAUGAGCCCGAACGCAGGGAUCCUGAUCUGAACACAGUUUGCCUCUAUUUUGUACAGCGUCUUACGUCGACGUCUACACCAUCCUCUCCGACACACUAAAGCACGAACAACGCCUCUCGGUCAUUCCUAGUUCUUUCGAAUCGACCCGGCUCGACUACCGCGGUGAUACCUUACGUCUCUCCCAAUCAGGUCGUUUCCUCUACGCCACGACACGAGGAAAGACUUCUGCCACAAAAGGCUUCGUCUCCACCUGGGCCGUGAACGAUGAUGGAACCUUGGGUUCCCCGCAGGAUGACUUCGAACCCCUUGAUCGAUUCGUCACCUCGACGAGUGGAGGUAAAGCCAAUGCCGUCGAAGCAUUCCCUUUCCACGUCGGUGUUCAGGGUGGGAGGAUCAAGGAGGAUUGGGAUUGGGUCUUGUUGACGGAUGAUCACGAUGGGUGGGUAUGGGUACUGGAAUGGGAUGGGGUGCAGAUGAGGGAGUUGUGUGGGGUGCAAUUGGGGAGACAGGAAGGGGCAGAGAAGGAUGAGGAGGGGACGGGGGCUAGUCAUGCGGUUUGGUUGAGUUGA